AUGUCCUCAUCGUCUCAAAAAAGCCGCAAACGUCGUGCAACGGGCGCCCCUGUGCUGGUUCGGCACCACAUCAUGCCAGUGGAGGAGCUCAUUGGCGCUCCACCAGACGCGCCCUUGACCACCUCGCUACAUCGUGUCACCAGCGACAAUCGACGUGUCAAUACCGAGACUAUUGUCGUCGAGCCUCCUUCACCAGUCAAACGAGCGCGCCUUGAACAUCUGCACCGUCAACAGGCAACUGUCAAUCUCAUGCCCACCGAGGACCCAGAGAGAUACGAGAUGGGUUUGGAAGCCGAGGAAGACGAAAACGAGAUGGAGACCAACCCCAAUCGACAUAGCCAGCCUGCUGACCCCGCAAUGGACCUAUGGAUGCGACAAUUUCGGGACCCAUUUCUCCAUUCUCUUCUAUGGCGCGACGGAAGAGGCAAGGAAGGAGAGAUAUGCGCGGCGUGUGGGGACAGCACCCGCGCCGCCAUAUAUCGCUGUUCUUCUUGUUUCGGUGGUGCUAUGUGGUGUCAAGGCUGUUGCGUAGCCGCUCAUCGUGCUAACCCCCUUCACUUUAUCGAGAAAUGGACCGGCGUAUACUUUUCGAGGACUACUCUUGGUUCCAUUGGCCUACGAGUCCAACUCGCCCAUCCACCCCAUGAAAUCUGCGAGCGCCCAAUCCCAGGACGAAGCGACUUCGUCGUCUUAGCAGCUAAUGGCAUACACGAAGUUACCAUAGACUUCUGUGGCUGCAUGGGUCACGAUGCCCAUCACGUUCAACUGUUGAAGGCCGGCUGGUACCCAGCGACGACGGAGUUUCCGCGAACUGCUGCUACCUUCUCCUGCUUGGACAAAUUUCAUUAUCUUUCCUUGCAUGGGAAAACAACGACAUACGACUUCUACUCUGCACUCGAGUCUUGGACCGACGGGACCGGUAUCAAGCCCCCUGAUCGAUACUCGGUUUUCAUGCGAAUCUCCUGCCAAUACCGUCAUCUUCUGUUGCUCAAACGAAAGGGCCGUGGUCACGACCGCUUCGGUGUCUUGGGCACUGCACCAGGAGAACUUGCCACUCGUUGUCCGGCCUGUCCACGGCCUGGAGUUAACUUGCCCGACGGAUGGGAGAAUGCGCCUCCCGAAGAUCGGUGUCUCUAUAUCAUGUUCAUCGCCAUGGACGCUUGUUUCCGCCUGAAACGUCGGUCAAUCUCCAACGAGUUACGCGAUCCGGGUCUAGGAACUGGGUGGGCCUACAUGGUCGAAUGGGAACCAUAUCGGGCUCAUUUAUUAACCAUAACGGAUGAACAAGAGAUGAGUACCUGUAGUGGUCUGGCCGCCCUAGAUCAUGCCAACUCCAAAUUCUCUCGUGGUUACAGUGUAACCGGCGUCGGCAUGGGUGUUUGCGCCAGACAUGAGUUUGUCUUACCUAACGGGGUCGGAGAUUUACAGGCUGGUACGUUCGCUUCUUUCAUGCGGCAUAUCGACGCCCGUUUAUGGAAGAUCCUCUCAUACGACAUCGUUUGUCAAUGGAUCAAGAAACUGCUCGAGCGACUGGCCAAGCUUCCCCCGCUAGUUCGUCUUCGUCUCGCCCUGAGUUUGAUUCGUUUCGCUAUUCCCAAGAUGCACAUCAAAGGCCAUCUUGUCUUGUGCCAAAUCUUAUUUUCGUUGUUACUCAUCCUCGGCUCGGGCAUGACGGAUGGCGAGGGAAUCGAGCGACCCUGGAGCAUGAUUGGCGGAAUUGCGGGCAGCACACGGCGACCUUGUUGCGGCAGAGGACCGACAACGCAAAACGAAGAGCUGGCGAAACAAGAACUUGACUUUGAACAGCUGUCGAUUGGCCACGCAGAUCGCGUACUGGAUUGGAAAAAACAGGUGGAUGAAUUCGAGGCCGAUAACACGAAACCUAAUCCCUACGAGUACAAGUCCGACGGUUUGACUGAAGCUGCGGUCCGCAAGAUGCUUGAAGAACAAGAAGCCGAAGAAGAGAAGUCCGGGGCACUCCCCAUUCACGACGUCUCCCCUACCGAAUUCAUAGUUGCCUUGUUAGAUGCGGAGGGCGACCAGCGUCGCAUCCGGGGACUGGUCGAGGUCGGCAAGAAACGCUCCUCAACUGGAGUUAGCCUUCGUCGACAAAGGCGCAAGCUAAAUCGUACCAUCAAGCGUUUGCGGACUCUCCAAGCGACAUAUAUGCCUGCUGCUCUCCGGCGUCUGGAAGCUCUUCACUUGCCUCAAGAUACUCUAGCAGAGCGCGUGCCCCUCAUUCCCCCAUCCGCCCUUACUCCCGUCGAGCGCGAUAAUGGUGGCUGUCGAGACGGACUGGUCGCCAUCGAGCGGGCUUUGCGAGAUGCUCAGUGUCGCUCGUCGUUAACGACCCUGCAACUUCAACUACAUGUCAAAUCACGACUUUUGACUUACAAGAAGAACAACUUCGCGCGCGCAAGCGAUGAAUACGCACUCCAGAUCCUUGCGCUUGAUGGAGACGACGACUUGAUCUCGUGGCGGAAGCUCGAGAAGAAGGAUAUCAGAUGUAUGGAGGAUGCCGAGGAGGUGUCGCGAGCGGAGCGGAAACGCGAAAGGGCAGAACGGAAUGAACGCUCCCAAGACUUGGCUCUAGCGCGAGCUGGGCUUGUUGCUCUGCCAAGGGGUCCUGUACCUAUGGAGACCAGCGAUGCGGAAGAAGACGAAACAGAGGCUCAACUACCUGCCACACGGUCAGAUCGACAACAUGCGGCUCGGGAAGCCAAUGCUCUGUUCAAACACGGAGAAAGUCGGCGUCAGGUAUCAUGGAUCUGGAGCAAUGUCCACAAUUCUGCCGAAGGAGUUGAAGAAGCUCUGCGCAUCGAAUGGGCCAAGUCCUAUGCGCGAACUCGUCGUUGGAAGGAAGAAGUCAGGAUAUUGGCUGCAGAAUGGGAAAGGCUGCCGCUCUCCUUUGGCGCUGAGGAACAGGCUUGGCUUACGCGCGGGAAGAAGGUCGACAUAAGCGGACUGGGAGGGGAGGUCGCGGAGGGCAUGAUUGCGUAUGCGACGAAACAAGCGGAUAUGUUCCGGAAUCUCGCGUCCCGGGCGGAGAGUGCCCGAACAAGUCCGAAGUUGGCACGAGGAAAGCGGGGCGCAAGAGUGGUUAACAUGGUCUACCUAUCUUACGACGACGACGGGGACAUUGUUGACGCAGAUGAUGAGGACGAGCAUGGUAAUGCGAGUGACGAUGAUGAAAUGUAA